ACCGGCAUAGACAUGUAGAUGUCAAAUAAAAUAGAAAAAAAGAUUUCUUUAUCUGAGUAAUGAGUCAUCUGACAAUUCAUGAUUUAGAUUCAACUACUUAUUAAGAAACUAAUAGCAAGGAAGAAACAAUUUGAGUUGAUGCGUUUACCUAAGUAAGGACCAAUAAAAUCAAAUAUUUUGAUCUUCGAAACCAAUUAAAUGAAAUUCUAAAGGUGAAAUUUUAUGUGCCAGUGCGCGAGAAAUCAAAUCAUAAAUAAAUGAUAGAAUUUUGAGCGUCCUGAACAUAAUAUAUAACAUUAAGAUAUAUAAAGGUGUUCGGAAAUGGUUGAAGUAGAUGAAUAGGAGGAUCGCUAUGACUAUAGCCCUUGGUAAAUUUACCAAAGACGAAAAAGAUUUAUUUGAUAUUAUGGAUGACUGGUUACGGAGGGACCGCUUCGUUUUUGUAGGUUGGUCUGGUCUAUUGCUCUUUCCUUGUGCCUAUUUCGCUUUUGGGGGUUGGUUCACAGGUACAACCUUUGUAACUUCAUGGUAUACUCAUGGAUUGGCUAGUUCCUAUUUAGAAGCUUGCAUUUUUUUAACCGCUGCAGUUUCUACUCCUGCUAAUAGUUUAGCGCAUUCUUUGUUGUUACUGUGGGGUCCUGAAGCACAAGGAGAUUUUACUCGUUGGUGUCAAUUAGGCGGUCUGUGGGCUUUUGUUGCUCUCCACGGUGCUUUCGCAUUAAUAGGUUUUAUGUUACGUCAAUUUGAACUUGCUCGAUCUAUUCAAUUGCGACCUUAUAAUGCAAUCGCAUUCUCUGGUCCAAUUGCUGUUUUUGUUUCUGUCUUUCUAAUUUAUCCACUAGGUCAAUCUGGUUGGUUCUUUGCGCCUAGUUUUGGUGUAGCGGCUAUAUUUCGAUUCAUCCUCUUUUUCCAAGGGUUUCAUAAUUGGACAUUGAACCCAUUUCAUAUGAUGGGAGUCGCUGGUGUACUGGGCGCGGCUCUGUUAUGCGCUAUUCAUGGUGCUACUGUAGAAAAUACUUUAUUUGAAGAUGGUGAUGGUGCAAAUACAUUCCGUGCUUUUAACCCAACUCAAGCCGAAGAAACUUAUUCAAUGGUCACCGCUAACCGCUUUUGGUCACAAAUCUUUGGGGUUGCUUUUUCCAAUAAACGUUGGUUACAUUUCUUUAUGUUAUUUGUACCAGUAACUGGUUUAUGGAUGAGUGCUCUUGGAGUAGUCGGUCUAGCUUUGAACCUACGUGCCUAUGACUUCGUUUCCCAGGAAAUCCGUGCAGCGGAAGAUCCGGAAUUUGAGACUUUCUAUACUAAAAAUAUUCUUUUAAACGAAGGUAUUCGCGCUUGGAUGGCGGCUCAAGAUCAGCCUCAUGAAGACCUUAUAUUCCCUGAGGAGGUUCUACCACGUGGAAACGCUCUUUAAUGGAACUUUAGCUUUAGCUGGUCGUGACCAAGAAACCACUGGUUUCGCUUGGUGGGCCGGGAAUGCCCGACUUAUCAAUUUAUCUGGUAAACUAUUGGGAGCUCAUGUAGCCCAUGCCGGAUUAAUUGUAUUCUGGGCCGGAGCAAUGAACUUAUUUGAAGUGGCUCAUUUUGUACCUGAAAAGCCCAUGUAUGAACAAGGAUUGAUUUUACUUCCCCACCUAGCCACUUUAGGCUGGGGGGUAGGUCCUGGGGGAGAAGUUAUAGACACCUUUCCAUACUUUGUAUCUGGAGUACUUCACUUAAGUUCUUCUGCAGUUUUGGGCUUUGGCGGUAUUUAUCAUGCACUUCUGGGACCCGAAACUCUUGAAGAAUCUUUUCCAUUUUUCGGUUAUGUAUGGAAAGAUAGAAAUAAAAUGACCACCAUUUUGGGUAUUCACUUAAUUUUGUUAGGUGUAGGUGCUUUUCGUCUAGUAUUCAAGGCUCUCUAUUUUGGGGGCGUAUAUGAUACCUGGGCUCCAGGAGGGGGGGAUGUAAGAAAAAUUACAAACUUGACUCUUAGCCCAAGUGUUAUAUUUGGUUAUUUACUAAAAUCUCCCUUUGGGGGAGAAGGAUGGAUUGUUAGUGUGGACGAUUUGGAAGAUAUAAUUGGAGGGCAUGUAUGGUUAGGUUCCAUUUGUAUAUUUGGUGGAAUCUGGCAUAUCUUAACCAAACCUUUUGCAUGGGCUCGCCGCGCACUUGUAUGGUCUGGGGAGGCUUACUUGUCUUAUAGUUUAGCUGCUUUAUCUGUUUGUGGUUUCAUUGCUUGUUGUUUUGUCUGGUUUAAUAAUACCGCUUACCCUAGUGAGUUUUACGGACCUACAGGGCCAGAAGCUUCUCAAGCUCAAGCAUUUACUUUUCUAGUUAGAGACCAACGUCUUGGAGCUAACGUGGGGUCUGCUCAAGGACCUACAGGUUUAGGUAAAUACUUAAUGAGUUCCCCGACCGGAGAAGUUAUUUUUGGAGGAGAAACAAUGCGUUUUUGGGAUCUGCGUGCUCCCUGGUUAGAACCUUUAAGGGGUCCUAAUGGUUUGGACUUAAGUAGGUUGAAAAAAGACAUAAACCUUGGCAAGAACGACGUUCUGCAGAAUAUAUGACUCAUGCUCCUUUAGGUUCCUUAAAUUCUGUAGGGGGGGCGUAGCUACUGAGAUCAAUGCAGUCAAUUACGUCUCUCCGAGAAGUUGGUUAUCUACCUCUACUUUUGUUCUAGGAUUCUUCCUAUUCGUGGGUCAUUUAUGGCACGCGGGAAGAGCUCGGGCAGCGGCAGCAGGAUUUGAAAAAGGAAUUGAUCGUGAUUUUGAACCUGUUCUUUCUAUGACUCCUCUUAACUAAAGUAGUAGUUAAAAUAGGAAAGUAAAAAUCGGGUCAUAUUAAAAAGUCUUCUUUAUUUCUUUCAAUCUCAUUUUUUCUGGCUCGGCUAUACUAUCCAGCCGAGCCAUUCUCCUUUUUUAUGAUGCUAAGAAGUAAAAAAAGCCAAUAAAGAAAAAAAUCUAUUCAUCCAACAAAAGGAGAGAGACGGAUUCAAACCCUCGAUAGUUAUUUUUUAUGAAUUAUACUGGUUUUCAAGACCGGAGCUAUCAACCACUCGGCCAUCUCUCCGAAAGAUAAUUUCUAUUUUAUCUUUUUUUUCGCCAAAUAGAACAUAGCUCGAUGAGUUAAUACGAUCACUAUGUAGAAAAAGAUAUAGGGUGUGACUUUCUUUAUAAGUCUAUCAAUUGGUCUAUAUAAAUAAAAUGAGAUACAUGAUCCAGUCUACCCAUUUGUGAAGUAAAAAAGAACCUUUAACUUCAUGUCCGAAUAGAAUAAACGUGGUAAAAAGAAGUUGGAAAUAAGGCAUCUCGAAUAAACGGAUUCAUGAUAAAAUCACUUUAUUUAUUAAAAAUUUUUAGUGGGUAAGAGGAUUAAAUGGUGUAUAUUGUUAAUAGCUUGGAGGAUUACAAACAUGACUAUUGCUUUUCAAUUGGCUGUUUUUGCAUUAAUUAUUACUUCAUCAAUCUUACUGAUUAGUGUACCCGUUGUAUUUGCGUCUCCUGAUGGGUGGUCGAGUAACAAAAAUGUUGUAUUUUCUGGUACAUCUUUAUGGAUUGGAUUAGUCUUCUUGGUGGGUAUCCUUAAUUCUCUUAUCUCUUGAAUUCAUUCGUUGCAGAUCAAAAAAUGAGAUAACCCCUCCCAUUCCACGAAUUACACAUUCAAAUUCAAUAUAAGUCCAUAAAAUGCAAAUAAAGAAAACAAAAAAAUUAGAGGGGGGGUCGAACUUCUGUAACUUGAGUGAAAUAUGAAUCAAAUAUUAAUAAAUAGCAAUUUACUAAAUAUAACUAUGAAAUAGUAAUAACUAAUUAAAUAAAAGAAAAUGAAUCAAGAAUUGAUAUCCGAUAUCAAUAUAGAAUAUAAUAUUUUAUGGAAAUAGAGAAUAAUAUAUUAUUGAAUAUGGAAUUCUAUAUAUAGAUAUAGAAUAAAUAUAUUAUUAAAUAUAUAUUUAUAUAUGUUAAUAGAAUUGUUAAUUGAACUUUUUUGGUAGUAGAGUUUUAUCAAAUGACCCCAAACCAAAGAGUGUAUCUCGUAUAGCUUUGAACAAAUAUUAUCCAUAAAUUUCUUAUCAAGAAGGCAAAAAAAUGCAGAUAUAGUCGAAUGGUAAAAUUUCUCUUUGCCAAGGAGAAGACGCGGGUUCGAUUCCCGCUAUCCGCCCAAAUAGAAAUGGAUUCAAAAAGAUCAAAGAUUCGGUAUAGUUGACCGGGAAAUAUAGUAAUUUUUGCCUCGCGUCCCAAAAGAUAAGUAUUAAUUAUAGUUAAUAGAAUCAAACUUACAUUUGUUGAAAAAAAAAUGUUGCGGAGACAGGAUUUGAACCCGUGACCUCAAGGUUAUGAGCCUUGCGAGCUACCAAACUGCUCUACCCCGCGAUGAAACAAAAAAACUUGGACUAAACUCUAAUAAACAAAGACGAAUUGAAUGCGCCCCUAUUCCAUAUCUGUACAAAUAGAAUAGCCUAUUUAGACAGAAUGGUAAAGGGGCCUCGUCGAGCAUAGAAAAAAUAGAAAAAUUAAAGGAUACUUAAAUCUUUACCAGCUUGAUCUUGUUGCCCCUGGCAAUAAACAUGCCUGAACCAUUUCCCGAAGGAUGUGUCCAGAUAGUCCAAAGUCUCGAUAGUUAGCUCUCGGUCUUCCGGUCGAGAAGCAACGUCGAUGAAGACGUGUAGGUGCACUAUUACGCGGUGGGGAUUGUAAUUUUCCAUGAAUUUUCCACUUCUCACUUAGCGACGGAAUCUCACUUAUUUCCUUUUUUGAGGAUCGACGAAUCAAAUGAUAUUUUUGUUCUAAUUUUUGCCUCUUCUUCUCCCUAUAAAUCAAAAUUUUCUUUGCCAUAAUGCUUAAGUUCCUCUUAUUAUCAAUGAUAAUGAUACAAAUCGGAUCCUAGAUGUAGAAAUAAAUAUAAGAGUGCAUACCUAUAUUUUUAUUAUAAAAUAUAUAUAUAUAUAUAUUAUUGCGGAUAGAAUACAUAAAUAAUUAACCGAAUUUGCCCGACGUGGAGGCAAUCAAGAAAGCCGCAUAAGUGAAUAUAUAACCUACAGAAAAGUGAGCUAAUCCAAUCAAUCUUGCUUGCACAAUUGAAAGAGCUACUGUUUUAUCUUUCCAUCGAAUCAAAUUUGCCAAAGGUGUACGUUCAUGAGCCCAUGCUAAAGUUUCAAUCAAUUCCUGCCAAUAACCACGCCAGGAAAUUAAGAACAUAAAUCCAGUAGCCCAAACAAGAUGCCCAAAUAAGAACAUCCAUGCCCAGACUGAUAAACUAUUCAUACCAAACGGGUUAUAUCCAUUGAUAAGUUGUGAAGAGUUUAACCAUAGAUAAUCUCUUAACCAUCCCAUCAAAUAAGUGGAAGAUUCAUUAAACUGUGAAACGUUACCUUGCCAUAAUGUGAUGUGUUUCCAAUGCCAAUAAAAAGUAACCCAUCCAAUAGUAUUUAACAUCCAAAAAACUGCCAAAUAAAAUGCGUCCCAAGCC